UUGGAGGUUUCGCGUAUCGGGCUAGGAUGCAUCGUUCUUUUUACUGAGCUGGAGCCAUCUAUUACCGUCACCGAGCAAAACCUGGCAGACCGAGUUCGGUAUAUCUUACGCUCAAAUAUAUUUGAUGCCGCCGAACUCGAACGGCUACGACGUGAGGCUGUUCCCUCAUCAAAUGAAAACGCUACGACUGAGGGUGCGGUUGCAGAACAAGUUGCAGAACAACCCGCACAUGUGGAUGCCGCCGUGAAUACCCCAGUGGUUGCUGAUUCAAAUGAUGAUGGAACAUUCACCCAGGAACUAGAAAUAGAGCAAAUGAGGAGUACAUUGGAAGAGGCGAUUAUGGAAACGCGCAGUACGCCUCUCGAAAAUCGACCGCGACUUCCCCGCAUAGCCCUAAGCAAGCGGAAUCGGGCUGUCGUGAGGGCUCUGAACCCAAUGCUGGUGACCUAUUUGGAAGCCAGCCGGGACCUUUGCGAGACGGACUCAAUUCUCUUUGGCGCCGCACUGGCAGUCUGCCGUAUUAUAGGUGCCAAACUUUCCACGGCUGGACGCACUACUGGACAAAGUAGUGCUAUCCCAGCCUGGAGAACAAGAAUUGAAGAACGUAUCGCAAAGGCUAGGGCCCUCAUCGGCAGACUGAUAUGCUUCAGGUCAGGCAAUACCAGGCCAAGGAUUGUGCGCACCGUCAGGAUGGCGUUUGCUGGGACAAAUGUUAGUUUGUCCCAGCCGGAUAUAAUGCAAAAACUGACGGAGCGCAUAGACGACCUGAAGCAGAGAAUCGCUGCUUGGGGAAAGCGAAUUCGGCGAUAUACCGAGAGGUCGACACGGUUCAACCAGAAUCGUCUCUUCCAGAGUGAUCAGAAGAGGCUCUAUAAAUCAUUGGAGCGACCAAUGGUAAGUGGAACGGGCCCAGUACCGAAUCAGGCCGACACGGUUGCAUUCUGGCGCGGCCUGUGGUCAGAGCCCGUAAACCACAACGAGGGCCCUUGGAUGGAAGUUGUGGCGAGUCAGUGUGCGAGUAUUACGCCCAUGGAUCCCGUCACCAUAACGCCGGAUGACGUAGCUGAGGCGGUCCAUAGGCCCCGAACUGGAAAAGUCCGGGACUCGACGGGCUGCAUCACUACUGGCUGA